GCGGACGCCAAACCACCAAAGCCCGCGAUUUCCAAUGGCGGAAUUAGACCAGUGGCAAGAGUUUGCGUCGCAAAUCGCUAAACCCGACCGUUCGAUCCGGUGCAAUCCGGAUGGCAUCGGGUUCGGCCAGUUUGCAAUCGUUUGCAGUCUUCCGGGAGCACCGGAAAACGUACAAAAGUUGAUCGAUUCACCGGUGGCGAAGCUUCACAAGCAGACAUCAACAGAGCACGACAGCAUCACAAGCACGGAGGACAUGGUGAAGAUUCUUAUCGAACAGUUACCCUGCUUUGGAACGUUGGAACAGUAUACUUGGCUGGUGAGAGCGACGGUCGCAUUGCACCUGCUCAAGGGAGUGCCGACGAAGGUGUCCUCCCUGGUGCGGAAGUUGAGUGGGGCUGUCGCGGGGCUCGAUCUUGCCUGCUUCCGUCAUUCUACAUUUGUGAUACACACGGUGGCUAAAAGCUUGAAGGAAGACAUCCCACUGGAAGGUGUUAAUCUGCUGCACGCGAUCAAAAAGCUUGCCCUUGCAAACUCCCCGCAGCUUUACUACACGGCCCUGGCACUGAUUUUUGCCGGGUUCGAUGCGAUAACACACCCCAACAAACCGAUCGCCACGUACCGGGUGUGUGGGGUGAAUGAGGCGCUUCAAUUGCUCGAUACACUCGACGCACCGUGGCUUCAGCGGCAGUGUGCCAGCCUGCAGACCAUCUACCAGCUGCUGAAGCUGCUUAGCCUUUACCAGAAUAUGGUGAUAAUGCGGCACGCCGGCAAACGACCGCACGAGCUGCAGGAAGAGCACGCAAGCUUUGCGGCACUGCUGUGCGCAACGGACGCGCAGGUGAAAAGCAUCCGUCAGUGGCUGGAACAGUUGAGCGUGGUGCUGCAACCGUACGGCAUCAGGCAGGAUGAGGACCAUUUGAUUAUAGCAGAUUUGAUACACGUCGAUAUACUUCCGUUGUUCGACGAUUGGGAUCAACACGAGGAGAUGAUGUGAGGCGGGCGCGCCCCUUGAAGCAUGUGCCAUUUGAUGGUUUAUUUUUCAUUGCAUUCCUUGAUUCUCACAAUGUGCUUUACAAUUAGCAUUUUCUACAAAAAUAAAAUAUAAACAAAUGUUUCGCAA